AUGUCUAGCAACUCUGGCAUCUCCUCAGCCAUGACCUCAUGUUCAAACCUUGGAGGAUACUUGGUAACGAUCACAUCACAACCAGAGAUGGACUUUAUUUUGAAGACGUUUAAGAGUAAUAUCGAUCAACAUAGCUUUUGGGUGGCAGGAUACGGUGAUUUGCCAAAUGGAAAGUGGUAUUAUAAUGCAGGUCCAGAGAAGAAUCAGCUGAUGUAUGACCUUAAUACCGACCGUACUUAUGGUUAUAAUGACUGGUGUCCAGGCGAGCCAAACAUUGGCGACAGCACCGACAAUGAGGUCUACCUUAAGUACGUCGGCGGCGCCGUGUCCAAGCGCUGCUUUAACAAUGAGGGUCUGGCCGGCCAGAGCCAACCAUACAUCUGCGAGUUCAACAAUGGCUUUGACAUCUACAUGACGCCCGCCUCACAGUUUGGAGGCCCAUCAACAUUCAGCACAGUAGGCCAAUCAUCAUUCAACUUUAAUCAAGUGAGCAUCACCAUGAAGAAGACCUCGGGUAAUCUCGUGCCAGACUUCUUGUGUCAAUCGCCCGUCUAUGACUCGAAUGCCCAGACCGUCACGUGUACCAUGCCACCAGGCGAUAGUGCCACGUACACCGCCACCAUCACCGACGGUACCACGACCAAGACUACAUUCUACACAUACCUGCCACCCUACGUAUCCGUGGUGUAUCCAGGCAGUUUGACCGCUGGCAACACUGUAACACUCACUGGUAGUGGCUUUGGUUCCGACGCCACCGUCGCCAAAAUAUCCAUGACCACCUUUGACCGAGUGUCCUGCAACAACAUCGCCAUAAUCAAUCCAGGCAUGCUCACCUGUGUCCUCAACGACUCUGUCGUCGAUGGAAUGUUCCCCAUCAAAGUCUCAAUCAAUGGACAAAUGGGCAGCAGUCUCAAGGCUCUAAUUUACAUUUCAAAUGAGGAUACAUAUUAUAACUGCUUCAAGUAUAAGUUAUCCUUGGAAGAUGUCAAUACGGUAUUGAAUAGACAGUAUGUGGAGAAUAUGAAGGGUGCGAUGGGAACAGUCCAAUCGAUAAAGACCGCCAAGAUAUUGCGAGCCACUUGUACUCAAUACUCCGAUAACUCGAGGUACUACCAGAUGGCCGACAUCUGGAUGAAUGUCCUGUACGAUCCCAACCAACUCAACUACAACUGGUUGUUUGGUCCAAAGACAGGCGUCGUGGUCUUUGAGCCCUCUACGACUUUCACAGCUUCAUACCUUAUGUAUGAUAUCACGGCCUCCAUCAACAGCCCAUACUUUGAGCGCACUGUGAACGACUCGAUUGGCUCGGGUCUGGGAGCAUUCUACAAACUCAGCGGACCCAUGUCCCUAAAGACCAACUACAACCGCACAAUCCAGACUUCUGGCGAGCUUGUCCAGAUCGAGGUGAUCAAUGCCCCACCCGCCAUCAGCAACUUCAAUCUAGUCCUGCGAAAUGGUACCACGGGUAUCAUUGCCAACGUGACCUCGGUCUAUGCUGAUUUUGACAACAAGGUGCUUGCAUUCCAGAUUCCCCCAGGCAUUGGCGGUCCAUUCGACGGCACAAUCUAUGCCAAUAACGUGGCGAUGUCCAAUGGCACGAUCACAAUUUCCUACUACCCACCAUCGAUCAGAGGCGUCACCUCACCCGCCACCAAUGGCACCGGACUCACUAUUUCCGGCAUCAACUUUGGACCAAUCUCAAACAUCAUGCGCGUAGCAUUGAAGCUGGGAGAGGGCAGGAUGGCAGAUUGUCCAAACGUACGCAUCAUCACCCCGUACACCAAGAUAACAUGUGAUGCGCCAUCCUACUACGGAAAGGGUGAGGUCGCGUUGCUCUACACCAUCGUCCCAGAUCACUCCGACCCGAAGACAUUCUCAUACCAAGACCCCCAGGUCACCUCAAUGACGCCAACAGGCGCGGCUGGUGGCAAGGUGAUUGGACAGGGCACCAACCUGUACCUCAACGGAACCAUCACCAAGGUGUCGGUCGGCCCAUACAAGUGCCUCAACGUCAACUUCAUACUUCCACACACAUCAUUCACAUGUGAUAUGCAACCUGGCAUGGGAACAAACCCAGUGCGUUACACUAUCAACGACACCGUCAUUAACGACCUUUCCGGUGCUGGCAACUUCACCUACCUCUCACCCAUUGUAACAAAUGCCACUCGCGUCAAGUACUUGAUUGGAGGAAAUGUCACAGUGACUGGAAUGUACUUUGGAGAUGUUGCGCUCAAGGUUGAGAUCCACGAUUCACCAUGUAACAACGUCACCUUUGUCAAUGACACCACUCUUAUCUGUCGCUUCCCGGGCACAGUCGACGCAUCCGAUGCCCCAAGUGGAUCCUACGUUAAUGUCACAGUCAAUGGCGUCUCUGGCGGUGCCCCAGUAUUCCUCUAUGAUUUCCCUUUGUGCGACAAUGAUUGUAGUGGACAUGGAGAGUGCAUUGAAGGCAUUUGCAAGUGUGAGAAGGGCUGGGAGUUGUAUAAGAACUGCUCAGCGCAAGGUGGAAGUGGUGGUACGCCAACAGAUGGCGGCAAUGGUAAUGGCCAGUAUCCAGGAAAGGGUACAGGCUUCACCUCAGCCAUCACUCAUCUGCGUGAAAUUAACUCCCAAACCGACUUGCCUGUCCCUGGCAAGACCUUGGCGCUCAAGGAUGCCACAUGGCGCUUGAUGAGCCAGCCCGGCGACAAGACCUCAGUCUACAACGGCACCUUCUCGGGCAGCACCGUCAUUGUGAUGAUCAAUGUCACAACCUUCCUGGAGGACGCCACCAUCGAGUUUGCCGGCCAGAUCAUCAGCAUCCAGGCCAACUCUCUCAAGUUCAUCGUGUCGGUCCAGCGCUGGAGCUUUGAUACGCAGCUCAACACGUUGCAGGUGGUCUUCUCGUCGACCGCACCAAAGACCACCGUGUCCAACUGCAAGACAGUCGACACUGUCAACCAGUCGGGUUUCAACCAGUUCCAGCUCGUGGCCGGAGACUCUGUGCUGCAGGCACACUUUGCCAAUGGACUGAUCGUCGAGGAUCGUAUCGUGCGCUCCAAGGUCGUGAUGCUGGACCAGACCGACCCACUGAUGGUCGAGUCCAACCUGAACCAGACUAGCAACUACACACAGAUGGUGGCCAUCGUCUCGCCCGCGUUCCAUGAUCGUCUGGUCGUCGACCCGUCAUUCCGCUCGCUCAUCUCGUCUCAAACUAUCAGUGACUGUAAGACCGAGACCAACUGGCGUCUGAUCAUCAUUGUCGUUAUCUGUUCGGUUGCCGGUGUCGGCAUCAUCGUUGGCACUGCCCUGUUAAUCCGUCACAAGAUCCAGACCAAUCGUAUGCGUCGCGAGAUCAAGAUGAAGCAACAGUUCUUGCAUGACUAA